GAUUUGCCUGCACGAGCGCAGAGUAAACUGUCAACAGAGUCAGUCAGUGUCCACGAGAGGAGGAGGAGGAGGAGGAAGAAGAGGAGCGGGGGUCCAUCCUGAGCCAGAGCUGUCACUGGCUUUUCUUUUGUUUUGUGUUUUUUUCUGCAGCAUGAAAAAACAAAACAAAAAAACACACACAAAGGGCACAGAGGAAUUCACACACAUCACUGUGGAGGGCUGCGGCCGCGCUCAUCAUGAGUAUACACAACCAACGUUAACAUCGCGUUAGCUAACGGAGAGGAGGAGGAGAGGUUACCGUGUGACACUGACACACACGCACACACACUCACUCACUCACACACACACACAAUCAGCAAACUGUCAUUAGCCCGCUGCUGCUAACGUCAAGCUGCUGCCUGGAAACAAACUUGGAGACAAGCAACGAGCGAAAAGAGUGAAUUAAAGGUAGGUGAGCUAUCUUGGCAUUAGCAACACGCUUUGUUGUGUUUCUAUCCUGACAGCUUGUUUGUCUCAUUAUGCUAACUUGGCUAGCUAACGCGUGUGCUCCCCCCAGUUAAUGUCAGUGUUCAGUUUCUGUUUCUAUUCUCCCGUGACCUGUCCGAUAUAACCUUCUGUAUAUGCGUCUCCAGACUAACUCGGUAUACUUUUCUAAUACAUCCCAGUCUGUUAAUGACACCAGAACAGGCUGAUCAUUCAUUGAUAAGGUUAGCGGGACUGAAGAGCAAAGGUAUCAUUGCAACAGUGAAUUUCCCCUCACUGUGACUCACUGUACAUGCCUGAUAGACGUAGUUUGUAAGCGGUGUAAACAGGCAGCUAGCCAACUGUGUGAUGGAGGAAGGUGGGGGUUUGUAUUCUUCAUUCAUUAACAUCAGUUUUAGAUCUUAAAAGUCUAUGAGCUAACCUCACAAGUUUCAUGUGUCACUGUCUGAUUACCACUUUUAAAAGUAUAUGGCAACUAGGGCUGGGCGAUAUGGGAAAAAGUUUAUCAAUAUAUUUUUUUCUUAUCAGUUGAUAUUGAUAUAUAUCGUGAUGUAAAAAAUGAAAUUUAACAGUGCUUUUUGGUAGCAUGUCUUUUGAAAUACAAUAAGCUACUUUGUUUUGUUGUAAGGCGUUGCGCUAGAGAAAGCAGACUGAAUGGUCGGCUGUUUUCGGCUGCACAGGGGCCUUGGGCUCCUUGCUUUGUUCAGGGUUUGUAACUUUUUGUGUUGCGCGUGCUCUACCGCAUAGCACUGCUUCAGGAAGUGAAAAAGAUAUUAGGUAUUGCCCGACUUUGCUAGAACAUGUACUCGAGAUAAUUUGCAGUGCACAUUAAGGUCGUUUCGCACCAUCACCGUUUUUGUCGUGUGAUUAUUUCGGACGUCAAUAUUUUUUUUGAACCCGUGUCCUGUCAAUACAAGAGUUAACAUCAGUGAUGUUUUCCUGUCCUGCGAUAUUGCAGCAUUUAUUUUUUCAGUUCAUGGUCGAUUUAUCUCAAGUUUCGCAUAUUGUGUGUCCACUUCUGACCAAUUAGAUUGCGUGUUGUUGCGACUUCUGAUUCACUGGUAUAUCCAACAUGGCCGACCGGCUAUUUGUUCACGUGUCGGAGAAUAGAGUGCUUUUUGAUAAAAGACAAACAUUACAAAGAUAGCGACCUGGAUCAGACUUCUUUUACAAAGACUUAAUGCAAAGAUGGGAUCAGAUUGAGCCCCAUCCUGUAUGAUCAGACCCACUCCCACCUCAUCUUCAAUCACAUGAGUGACAGGCUUAACAGCAUUUAUCAAGUUACAGUGGAGAGGAAGAACUUCCUUUAACAGGCAGAAACCUUGAGCAGAACCAGACUGAUGUUAGACAGUCAUCUGCUGAGACUGAGCUGGGUUUAGAGAGGGGAGAGAGGGAGAUGGAGAAAGAGAGAGAUGGAUAGAGGAGAGACUGAUGCACAUGAAUCAUAAUAUUAGCUAAAACUAAACAUUAUGGGGAAAAAUCAGCAUGACGAGAUAAGACUGUAAAGACUGAAACUAUAUUGAAGGGAUGAUUGUGCAUUUUAAUGUUGUAGAAUGACCUAUAUUCUGCCUAUUGUUGGGGAGAAGAGGUGUUAAUAACCUAUACUGCUGUCAGGCACUAGAAGGAGCUCCAAAUCUUUUAGCCUUACAGCCAGUGAACACUUGAAGCGUCAAUUUUUGUUUUUUUAUUACUAACAUUUUAUUGGAUUUUUUUAAAUAUCGAACAUUACAGGUACACAUGUGGCAAAUGUUGUAUAUGUUGUAAACAUUGACUUGUAAGAAAGUAAACAAAUAACUAUGUUGUACAAUGCUUACACUCCAGGAAAUAGAGAAAGAAAAAUAACCACAUGGUAGCAACAACAACAAAAACAGACAAAAAAAACCCAAAAAACUUUUAAAUUAAAAAAAGCACAAAAAAAGAACAAGAGAAAAGGGCAAUACAAGAACAAUCUAGCAAAAGAUAUAACAGGACAGCACAACAGUAAAAUACUAAAAAUAAAAAUAGAAGUGUCAGUUUUUAUGUGUCUGUGUCUGAAGCCCAUGCUAAAGAGUAACAGAUAUUAAAAUUUGAAGUGUGUAAAAAUUGCUUAUAAAGUCAGCAGGAAACAGCAGUGAGUAUGAUCUACGAGAGAUCAUGUUGUGAAGUACAAAAAUUGUUGCCAAAGUUAGAAAAUAAAAACAGUCCAUUUUUGUUAGGCGACUAAAUCAACAUUAAACACUACACUGCAUUUAUUAGAGUAAUUGUGGGGCAAAAGGACAGGAUAAUCUAAUACUGUCAUGUAGCACCGAACCCUUGAAUUAAAUCCUGGUCCACUGUUUGCUUUAGUGAGUGCUUGAAUCUACUGCUCUGUUGUACAGGCUACAGAAGUGGAGUAAAGUGAACAAAGGCCAGUGGGCUGCAGCUGCUGCCUCCUGGAGGAGUUAAUGAAGGGGCCAUGCUUUGAGCUGGCAAAUGAUUGACCAGUCUGACUUUGCCCAGCCGGUUUAUCCUGCUGUCUGUGCUAACACUUGAGCUGUUUUCUUUAAGGUCUUUGCAGUGUGGCCAAAAUUAGGCCAGUGUUAGCGUUCUCUAUUUCCUUUCAAGAAACGGCUUCACACAGCGCUGAGACACAGAGACUGGUGAUGAAGGGAUAUCAGGAAACCACAAAUGAUGGGCUUUUUAGUGACUGUGUGAGGCUGGUAGUUUGUGCUUGAGGUGCUUUGUUCGAGGAUGAUAGUCAUUUACAAACUUAACAUCAUUAUGGUCACUCCUCCCCAAGUCUUAAUGGGAAAUUCUGGUAAUAUAGUUUUGUGUGGUAACUUAAGAAUCCGGUUUCUCCUAAUUUUUCUUAAUAAAGUAAGAUUGUGUAUCUAAGUUUUUUUGGGACCUUGUAUCCUUUAAUUGUAAGUAUUUCAUACAAAAAUGUAUCACAUGUUUUGGUCUCUUUAUGCCUGAAUCACGGCAAGUAAGUCCUCAAGUCAUACUUGUCAUGUAUUGGCUUGUUUUUUCAUCACUGUACGUCUGUGUGUGUUUAUAGAACAGGACACAAGACAGGGCGUUGUAUCUGUACCAACAGCCCCAGUAACUUGGAACAAAAGUCCUGUUGUUGAAAGAUCAUGUGACUGUGUGUGUGUGUGUGUUUGUGUGCGUGCGUGCGUGUGUGUGUGUGUGUGUGGUGUCUGUGUCUGUGUUCCACCCUUGUCAUGUGAUCUGAGCUCAGGGCAGGGUCUGAGAAAUGCUGAGUCGCUGUGAGAGGUUCCUUCCACGCAGGGAACAGGCAGACAGUGAGCAUGCGGGCAGAGAGAGGAGAUGGAGGGCCAGUCGGAUGGAUGGAUGGAUGGAUGGAUGUCGAAGGGAGUCAGAGACAGGCAGAGAGAGAGGAGGUCACAGGAAACAUCCUGUUGCUUUUUCUGACCAUGACAAGAAAACACCACUCUCAUCCUCUCAUUUACCUUCUCGCCUCCUGAAUGGAUGGAGGCCUGCAGUUUGAAUCAAACCAACUUUUCCAUGGCGAGGCAAGUUUGCAACUCUUUCCUUUUUUUUUGCUUUGAUGUAUUCGGUGGGAUCUCGCUGGCAGGUCAGAAUAACUUAGCUGUGGCUUGUGAAGUCCACUGACUCACCACAAACUAGGACAGUGAUUCUCAUAUUCCAUCAUGCUGACACUCAGAAGUCAAAAGUGAGCUAAACUGUAACGCUUCUGGAGUGAGACAUGUAGCUGUAGCUCUUCUGCACUGUCACUUUCAUGCUGGCAGACAUAUUUUCAAUUCUUAGAAUGACUUCAUGACUUCAUGUAGCUGUCUUUAAGUAGUGAAACAGUUGCAGUAACUGGUUAUACCCCUGUGUAAUAUGAAUAAGCGUAUUCUCCUGCUAUCUGGUAGGCUUCCAAAGGUAACACAAAUUAAGUAGCUCUUUUAAACCAUUAUAUUUCAGACUCUUGACUGAUUUAUGCUUGAGCUGAGGAGCAACAGGGCAGCCAUGUGUUUGCAGUCAUCCUGCAAGUCUUGUUUAACUUGUUUGAGGCAAUACAACCUGCAAGUUCUGCUCCUGAGCCUCCACUCCUCACAGGUCUAGAGCGUGCAUGUGAUUAACCUACGGUAAAAGUCAGCCUGGAGUUGCAGUGUUUGUGAUUUAUCUAAUCUACUUAUCUUCAUAGUUCCAAGUAAUUUUAUUCACCAGUUAAAACAGACACACAGUUUACAGUAGAUGACUCUGCACUGUUACCCUUCCUUUUAACAAAUCCAUCUCAGAUUUCUUCUCUCAUGAGUAGAUUUAGAUGAGCCGCACAGAUGACAAAACCCGACUGUGUCACAAUCUCAAACUCCUUGAACUUGCAUAAUAACUGAACUGCUGUGAGUUCACCGUGAAAUAACAGCAUGUAGCUCAACACGUGACAGGAGUCUUGGUUUUGUAGUCUUUACAUUUUCUGUACUGCAGGGGAAACAAAUGCAACACAUAAAAUUUCCUUUUUUUUGAUGAGAAACGUAUAGAGCUUUUAUACAUAUACAAGGUUAAAAGUGUAGCAUACACACACAGUUAGGGUUUUACAGUAAAAGUUAAACGGUUAUUGAAAAAUAGAAUGACACGUGGUUGAAAGAACCGAAUGCUGGCAGAUCCUCUGUUGAGCAGGUAAAUUUCUGAGGCAUAUUUGCUACAUAACGGGUAAAUAUUUGAGCUAAAAUAGUCAUGCAAUUGAAAAUAAGUAUACUGAGUUUUUACCGUGUGCUGCUCUUCUUUCUCCUGCUUCUCUGCUGUCUGCAUGUUGGAGGUUUGCAGGGACUGACACAUACAAACAUAUGCAAACAAUUUUAAGUCGGUGGGGGGCAUUGGAAUUGGAUAACGUGGAGUUCUGCUUGUAUUCAGAUCAGUGUGCAUCUACUGUUGACUACCAAGCCCUGCUGGUAGUAUAAAGAGGCAGUCAACUCAACCUUCACUAUUUCCCGUGAUUCAGGAGCAGCACAUACCAUUUAAAUCUCCUGUUUGGGAUGGGUCAUGUGGUCUCUGGAUAAUAACCGUGCAUGCAUUCCUCAGAGUGAGUUAACCACACAAGAGCCCGGCUAAUAUGGGAGUUAAGUCCUAUUUUAAGGGGAGAAUGAGUUUGCUGGUUAUCAAUAUAGGGAGAGAUGGUCGGAUUCUCUUUGAUCGAGGAAAACAGCCGUUUCCUACAGGGAUUGUGCACUGAUUUUGCACCAGCACAACUGUGUUAGACCAUAAAAAGUCCUAGCUGUAAUUUCUUUUAAAAUAUUUGACAUUAUCACAUGAAUUAUAAUGCUGGGCACUUGCUUCUCAGUUGGUAGCUGUCUCUGAAUGCACUGCAGACAGUAUAGAGUAGAGCCCGACAGAUAUGGAUAUUUUGGGGCCAAUGCAGAUACCGAUUAUAAGGGGGGAAAACCUCCGAUUACCGUUUAAUCGGCCAUUUUUUAAUUUUAUGAAGUUAUAAAAAUACAUAUAUACUGUAGGCUACUGCUCUUCACGCCGACAGGAAGACCGACUGAUCAAACUCGGACCAGAAAAGCGUUUUCAACUUAUGAGGUCGCUGCGCCAUCUACAGGAUAAGUCGGGGAACUUUUCAAAUGGCAUUUUCGAAGUGAAACCGAAUCUUAUUCUCUGCAUUUUAGUUCUAAAAAAAUCGGCGAAAAUCAAAAAACCAAAAUUUUGGCCGAUUACUGAUUAGUCUCAAACGGGCUAAAAUUGGCCGAUUUAAUCAGUUCGCCGAUAAAUCGGUCGGGCCCUAGUGCAGAGUAUUAUUACUCAUGAAACCUGAGAAUGCUCUGCACAUCAAACCACCAUUUUUUAGGGGUGGGAAUUACCAGUGGCCCCGAAAUACGAUAUUAUCGCUUGGGCCACGAAACGGAAUUAUUGCGAUUUUAACGUUUUGCAAUACAGUAAGUAUUGCGAUACAAUAUAUUGCAAUUUAUUCAAUUUUUUCAACUGUUUAGCUAACUUAGCUUUUGUCUUUUCUUAAUGUUUGUCUAAUUUACACUGUAUUUUAUUUUCAUGUAGCACUUCUUGCAAACCUUUAUUGUCAGGUCCAUCUCAUUCGUGCUUGCAUUCCUAAUGUCUUUACCCAGGUGCUGCUAUAAUCGUUGUACUAACUUUCUCCUGCUCUAUGAUGUCACCUCUGCCGACUUCACAAGACCGACAGUUGAUUUUAUUUUUCUAUUUUCAUAGAUUUGACUUCAUAUUAACAUAUCAUUUGAAAAAAUCGAUACUUGGUCAGUGAGACGAUACGAUAUAUCACCAGAGAAAAUAUUGCGAAACUAUGCUGUAUCGAUUUUUUUCUCCCACCUCUACUUUUUAUGUUGUUGAUGACCCCAAGCAUAGCUUUUUUCACAUAGUCUUUUGCAAGUGGUAAAAGUCCCACGUUUAUGUGCCAAAACUGGACCCUAUGUUGAAAUCUGUUAUAUACAUCCCCUGUAUUUUAGUGUCGGGAACAUGGUGUUAAAUAUUUGAACAGAAGAUUCAUCUGAGCUGAUAGCAUGUUAGUCUCAGUGGUAGAGGGAGCCUCAGCACACCAUGGUUCAUCUAUAAUACAGCAGCUCGAGUAACUGAGCGCUCUCUUACACACUCCAUAAGAGGAGCUCCUGUGGUCAGUGGGUUUGAAGCUGUUUUCAAAGGCAUGGGUGAUUCCUGACCUCUAAAAUGUGUUAACUGCUUUGUUAAUAUGUUUUUCUCUUCAAAAGAAAAUAUUUGCAAGAAAAUUGUUUGUCUGUUUUUUGUCAUUGUGUUCAAGAAUUUGAAGACUUCUUGUUGUUGGAUUGUCUGUUAGUGGUGGUUUGGCUCCCUUUGUUUGAAAAUUGUGGCUGUGUGCAGGUGUGUGAGGAAGAACCCUUUCAAACAAAGUUCAGAUCAAUCACGUCUAAAAUCAAAAGCUGGUGUAAACAGAAGGUUUACAGCAGUUGUUUGAUUUUUUGCAGCAUUAAACCAGUGACUGUAAAUAUGACAAAUGAUGACAAAUUUUCGUAAGGCUAUCAUGUUAAAAGACUGAUGCUAACCUUUUGUAAGCCCUUGUAAUGACUCUUCUAAUGUCUUGUCUGAAACACUUUGAAUUGCCUUGUUGCCACAAUGUGCCAUAUAAAUAAACUUGCCUGGUUUAACUUGUCCAGUGCUUAAAGUCAGGAUCUAACUGACAAGCAGUCAUUUUAAGUUAAAAGUUAUAAGGACCCGUGUCCGUUUACAACAUCUUUUGUGGUGACAGCACCCACAACCUCAAUUUCAUAGCACUUCUUCCUGGUGCUAGGUUACUUAAGUUGCCUCAGGGUACUUCUGCUUUUAUGACUGUUUAGUCAGUCUAAAGUUGAAACUGUAUGCUCGCUAUUUACUAUUAUGCCAAGUUAAUGUGCAACGAAGCCUAAAUAUCUAUGAAAUGGGGCUGUGUACACAUUUAGACCCUUGAAAAACAAGUCUGAUACGUUUUUUUCUUUUGUCAAGUUGUUUACAAAGUUGAAAUCAGAACUCCUACUCCUUCUUAAUUUUGAAAGUGAAAUUGCAGAGCUCAGAAGUGUCCCAGAAGUUGAAGUUGUGUCCAUUGAAAUGCUCUAAAAGCAUGGCAACAAAAAUCUGUUCAUGUUGGGGGCAUUUUUGCAGUCAGGAUGCUGAGUGAGUAAAAUGUUGAAGGGGUGGUAUCAUGCUUUUCCACAUUUACAGCAAAAACUGCCAAGUUACAACACUUGGUGUCCAGACUAGAUGUAUGCAAAGUUUCAAACCAUGAUGGUAAACGUUUGUUGUCAUAAUCUUAAAGAAUAGGUGGUCCAGUUUGCAGUUUAAAAUCUGGAGAUCUGUCAUAGAACCAGUCUAAACAGCAUCGCGCAGAUUGUGUUUUUUCUUUCUGGCUCUCCAUGCUCUUGCUCUCUUUGUCAAAUAUCCAAUCGUCAACAUGCAGAGCGGAGCAGGAACAGAACUGUUGUUCUUAGCAACUGUGACCAUGGCCCCUGUCUGCCCGUCCCACUUCUUCCCCUGGACACUGCGCGAGUGUUUGUGCUACUGGCUGGGCUUCCUGUUGGUGCAUUUCUUCCUGUAAUUGCCUACAGAAACUUCCUGCAGACCAGAGCUUAGAAGAAAGAUAUGAAACAGAUACAAGAGAUUUCUGCUGUUGGCCAGGUCUAGGUCUGCAGUGUCUUUUAUUUAGAAAGACAUUUCUUACCAAGCAAAGCAGCUGGACCUGGAUUUGGUUUUGCUUUCUUGUCAGGUACUCGAGAAGGAGCUUGAUACCACUCUUGUCUCAGUGUGGUAAAAAUAAAGCCACAGACAGCUGGCAGUUUGAUGGCCCAUUAUAAUGCAUGCAAACAGGGUUAAAAGUUCAGCGUAACUCCCUCUAUCUCUCCAGGGUGGAAAAAUAUCAAAAUUUAAGCGCACUAAAUAUUGAUAAAAAACUGAGUCAGACAGUUUUAAGGUGUCACAUUAUCUCCAAGUAUUAUGAAAGUUGAAAAAAUUGUUCAUGGAGCAUCUUUUCUAUUUCCAGGAGCUGUGGUUCAUCAUUGGUGGGAGCCACCAGAGAGAAGGGCUGUGGAAACCACCUGCUGAUCCCUGAGGAGCAUGAGUCAUGACCUCAGUGGUGCUGGUUGACACUGGUGGGACGGUGGUGGAGUAUGUCGCAGCUGAGGAGGACCCCCGGCAGGUACGAUGGGCAUGGACGCGAACAAAGACACAGCAAAGAGUAGCUGUCCAGCUUUUGACUGUCUUGUUCUCAUCUGUCCCUCAACCCACUCACUGUGCAGGAGGGAGAGUACGAGGUCGACCUGAACUUAGACGGAGAGGAAGAUGGGGAGUGUGAGGCUGAGGAGGCUGAUGACGAAGAGGAAGUACGGGACAGAGAGGUUGCUGAGGAUUACCCCGCAGUCAUUGUAGAAGAGUUACCUGGAGCGAGCCUGGCAGAAGAGCAAAGUUACUCAGCACAGGUGAUGGUGUGUGAAGACGAGGCUUACCUGAUGCAAGAAGUGGGUGAUGAGCAGGAGGUGGAGACAGAAGGAGAGGCAGGUAAGACCAAAUAUCCUGUAUCAAAAAUGUGAUGUAGCGUUGUCUCAUAACCUUCAUUUUUAGGAUACAAGAUGGCAUUCACACUGUGUCUGUGGCAAAAUCUGACACAUACACCCGACUGCCCAGCAUGCCAAAAGCAAAUACUAUUCAGUUUCCCUCUGACAGUCAUAUAAAUAUCCUCUAUCCUUGAUUUUCCAGAGGCUAUUAGAAACUAAAGAUUUAACCACGCAUAAAUUCACUAGACUCCAUACCAUGGAUUGAUUGAUUUAUUUAAUGUGUGUGAUCAGGUCCCUGGCUUUUCUCUUGUUAUUCAGAAUUAACCAUGAGGGUGGGGUGGGGUAUUGACCAAUGGGCAUCCAUUAUUUGACACAUCUGGGUGAUAGAUUAGUAAGAAAGCAGAGUAAUAAAUAGUAGAUCAUUUGAAAUCACCUCUAUUUCUUUAACAGCAGUUGGUAGUUGCAGCCGUGGUAAGAGCAGUGAAACGGGCAGAUUUCUUUUUUGGAAUUAAUGUUGAAUAAUAAUGGAUUAGUUUCUGUUGUGGCCUCUAGUUUGUAAAUGAAUGAACUGUCGUUUAGGCUUCAGUGGAGUCCUUUUGUCAUACUUGUGUUGAAUCAACUCUAGGUUCCAUCUUUGUCCAGUUACCAUUUGCAAGUUUAUUUCCUAUUUCUCAUUGAUGUCGUGAAAUUCAGCAGCUGAAUGUGUAUACUAGGGAUGCUCCGAUCCGCUUUUUUCACCUCCGAUACCGAUACAGAUAUUUACAGUUUAGUAUCGGCCGAUACCAAUCAAAUUCCGAUACAGAAAAUCCAAUUCCGAUACAGAAAAACUAAAAAAAGUUUUACCACCUCCCCACGAAACGUUUACUGCGCAGGUAUUGCAAGUGGUGGUCAAGCUUGUAGGCUGAGGUAGUGUGAUAAAGUUUAAGAUAGCAGACCCCCUUGCUCGCUCCAUUUUGAAAACAAUUCAGAUGUUGUGCGUACACAGUCUGUGGUUCUUUUGCGUGCGUGUGUGUGUGUGUGUGUGUUAUGCAGAUAGUAUGUUAUUAUUUGUUCCUUGGUUGCUAUUUUGGCUUUGAUUUCUUCUGUGUCCUUCGUGCAAACGUGCAUUUUGUAUAUGAUUCUGCAGUCAUUUCAUUCUGGUGGCACAGUUCAGUAGAGAGGUGCACCAUGUGUUUGUGUCAUCACUCUGCCACCUUGUGGAUUUUUGUUGGACGUGAACUAUUUCAUGAACAGUGAAGAAAACAGUCAAACGGUAAAGUUAUACAUGAAUCCACCAGCGAUAGUGACUUGUGAAAUUUUGUUCACUCUUUCUAUUUAUAAACCAGAUUAAAAGAAGAAGGAGGGAUUUCUCUCAUCAUGAAAGCUGAUUUUAUAUAUUCUGGUAAAAUACCUCCCCAAAACUCAGUUUUUCAGAUGGAAUCUAAAGCGAUCUGGCAGCAGAUCAGUCAUUUGUCAGCUAAUUUCUAAUGUACAUUUCAACAUGUUGUGCGAAUUCAGCUUGCUGGGAUGUCACACUUUAAAUCUAAAAGCUCUGAUACACUUUACUGUUAAUGUCAGUUAUCUAUUUCCAGCUUUAAAAGUAGUGCUAGAUGCCACUAAGUAUCCUACCACCAUACAUUCAUCUGAAAAAAUAGUUCAAAAUGAAAAAAACUAAAUACCUAAUCACUUCAUAAUUAAUUUUUGUUGAAUUAACUUUUUUUGAUUGAAUAACAUCUAACAAACAAAACUCACACAUACUUAAUAAAAGCUUAAAAUCUCUUAAAAUUGGCACCAAGUCUGUCCUUUGCCUGUUUUGAUUGAAUGAAAACGAAAAAUGAAAAACAUUUAACAAACAAAACUUACACUUACUUAAUAAAAGCUUAAAUCUGUCAAUAGGCAAGCAUUGAUGUAUACGUGUGCUUCUGUGUAUUGGUAGAAAACAAUCCCACAUCAACAUUAAUUAGUAUAAAACCACUGAUUCCAAGAUUUGAGUGCUGUUUCAUAACUUGAUUAUUAUAAAACUUACCAGUGUUACCUCAAACCUUAAUUAUCCGCCCAUUAUCUCUACUGCUUAUUUCUUUUGAGGUUGCUGGAAGACUCGAGUCUAUCCGAGCUAUAGCUGGGUAAGAGUCGGGGUACAUCACAGGGCUGACAUAUAGAAACAAAAAAAAAAACAUUCACACACACAUACAGCCACAACAGUGAGCAAUUUAAAGUGACUGAUUAACAAGUCAAGCAGGAUUUUGUACUGUGGGAUCUCAGAGAAAUCAUGAAAACCUGAUAACAUUAAACCCAAAAGUUGAGAUAUGGUCGCUGCAUGCCAAUUGACUUUUGCGAGAAAAGCUUUCGUAUAUUACUUUUUGAUAAUGACAAGUACUGUAAUUUAUUGGUGAGAAAUAACACCAAUCAAGCACAUAACAUUGAUUUCUUUAAAGAAUAAAUAUAGAGUACUCUUAAAAAUAAUUCCAACUGAGCAAUAAAUGUGUGACUAAAAGGGUCAUUCUAUGAAAUCGGUGCCUUUUGCGAACCCCAAGAAGUAAUCAUUCAUAAAAUUAUGAUAACAACAAAUUAAUAUGUAAUUUAAAAAUAUAAGAUUACCAUGUCCUCUCUCCUUAAUGUGACAUCAAAUUAAAGUAAAUUAAAUAUCAUUUUAAAUAAUUAAAAUUACUUUUAUGCUGAUGAGGGUGAGGUUUUUGGCCUGUCCCUCACUACUAUUGCUGCAUGUAUACAGGACUUUAAAUUUUUAAAAUGUUGGCAAAAUGUUAAAUUUUAUAUAUUAGUCAUUACAAAUAUUAACCAAUUUAUCAGCGUCCCCUGAUUUCACGUCGACCCUGUUACCCUAACUAAAAAAAUAAGUCAUUACAAAGGCAAUGGGGACAUACAGAGGUGUUCUGCUUCGGUUUUGCUGAAAUUUUUCGAAAUAAAAAAAGAGUAACUGCAGCUCUAUUUGACGUAGUUACUACGCAAGUGAGGGAGGGCAAAGGAAGGAUUUCCUGUGUUGGUGGCGGAGGGAUACGUGUGUGCCGCCGUGACUCGCCCCGUCGAACAUGAGGAGAUUUCCCAUUAGCGGCGGAGUGAUCUGAACUAGUAGCUUCCUAUACAAUUCAGUGAGAAGUCAAUGUGAAUCUGCAGCAAGGGGAAAACAUGGCGACUUCACAGCAUGAGGGGCACGCAAAUCAACUCGAUCUACUUAUCAGAGCCGGUAAGGUAGCUUUAUGUAUUUUAAGUCUCGGUUGAGGUGUUUACGCCAGGAUUUGUUUUGAACCUCGAUCGCUGCGUCUCAGUCCGCUGACUAGUGUGGAGAAGUAAUGGAGGGCAAUCAGGAAGUGAUCACCUUGGUAGCAACCUGCAUGGCGUUGCUACGCGGUUUUAUAAAACACUUAUUUGAGAGGUGAAAAGUUUCUCGGGGCUUGCAAAUUUGCACAAUUUCGCGUUGAAUUGCAGCGAGUAUGUUUUGCACGUUGGAGCUUGUCUUUUUUCCCACUGUGGUGUAAAGUAACGGUCUGCAGAUUGGCUCUGCACAACCAGGAAGUGUGAAGAUGUUGUCUUUCCUACGUCUUUGCCACGCUGUCUGAGUAGGAAGGACAUGCGGGUUUAUUAUUACUGCAAUAAAUCUGAUACACGCUGUCACAUUCACCACCGAAUAUUAUAUUAAUUACAAGAUAUAGACCUUUGUGUGUGUGGAUGGGUUUUUGUUUGUUCUGAUUGUGAAAAAUAUGUACACAUAAAAUUCAGACGGCGCUUCUAGAGAAGAAAAAAGGUUUUUAAAAAUAUCAAGGAGGGUUUAAUUUUGAAGGGAAUUACCAUGUGCCUUUUGAAGUAAUUUUAAAGUCAGGUUUUGGGGGUUUUAGGGUCUCGGUUGUCGUGUAGUUUUGCCUGUGAUUGAAGCGUGGGAUGGCCUGUCUCUCACUCUCUCUCUCCUUCGACCACUCUGACCCGCAUAAACACAUUUUAUGUAAUUUAUCACCAUAUUCUCUGUUUCUGUUAAUAUUCGACCCUCUGUGGAGACAUUAUGCCGUUUAUAGUGCGACUUGAAAGCAAAUUUCAAAGUAUUUUUGUCUCUUCUCGAUGGCGGAAGCAUUGUGCAUAUGAGAGGGCGUGGCGUGCCUUUGAUUGAUGUGCCCGUUUGUCCAAUGGUGUGCGCGUCCAAUCAGGUUUAAGCAGGGGCGGGGAGUUAUUCUGCAAAUAAGCCAAUAGGAGGCACGUAGGGUGUUGAGUGACAAGAGGAUUUGUGAGCUUCUUCGAAGGGAACUGGAGGGAAAGGAUGAGCACUGUAAACACGGAAGUCAUCAGAGGCAGCACUACUUUUUGUCGGACUUGCUUCUAUUCUUGGCGCCGUUUCAUUUUGGUAUAGAAAUAGACUGAUUUAAAUAACUGAACACGUUUGCUGUCCAUGUUCUAUACAUACAUUACAAAAUAAUCGAUGUUCUUUAUUGUUAUAAUUUACUAGUAAACAAUAAAACAAAAGCCAAUAAUUUGUACUGACUAGAAAUGGCAAAAUUGCGUGUGUCUUUUUAUUGCUCAGGUCCAGGUGAUGUUCUGCCACAUUAGACUUUUUAUGACAGCACAGCUGCCAGGUUUCAAGGGCAGCUCAGCUGGCUAUAGGGUCUUUGCUGUGAUGUCCUGUUUGUUUGUGAGGGGGACUCAAUAAGUUGGGCAAUCUAAAGAUAGCCCAUGUCUCUCCCUUGUGCAGGGCCUGUUGCCUGAGCUAGAUAGCCAAACAUGGACAGGGCAGGGUGUAAUAGGAUCUAAUGUUUCCCACCAGUGAUUGACACCCACAGCUGGUGCACUGGGCUCUUUCUCAUGGUCCCAAAUGGGGAUACGUACCAUUUCUUCUCACCAGGCUGAAUGCCACUUUUGAUUUAAACUCCAUUGUUUUUUUGUGUGUGUGUUAUGUCAUGGCACUUUUUAAACAAUUAUCAACAUUCACACAUCAUCAACGUGACCGGCUGUAAAUGUCAUGUCUGCAUGCUGGUAUAAAAGAGGAGCUUACAAAGGUUUUGUUAAAGCAGUACACUCAACUAACCUGGGUCUUUCUGCAUGCCGCUCUUUAGUGUUCUCUAAACUUUAAACCACAGCCAGAAUGGGCAUAAACUCUUAUCAUCAUAUCUGGAUUACUUCUGAGGAAAGAUCAGAAGGACAUAUUACUACUGCAGAGUCUGUAAAUAAAGUUCUACUGUCUGUCUGGUGGUUGUGAUAACUUUUGAAAUUUCAGUGAUCUAAAUGGAAUUUACUUGCCACUAGGGGGUGCUGUAUAUUUACUUGUGCAUGCAACACAGUCCUAAAUUCAAAUUCAACUUUAUUUGUAUGGUACUUUUCAUACAAAAAAAAUGCGAUUCAAAGUGCCUCACAGAGGCUAAAAACAACAAUAAUGACAAUAAAACGCAACCCUCCCAUCCACACACACACCCAUGAACCCACACGCACACAAAGACACACACCGAUACUCACUCACCCACACAUACACACACACACAACCGCACACAGUGUGAGGAUUUAAGAUAUAUUGCUAGAGAGACAUAGCCUGACACCGAGACAUUACGCGAGGAAAGAGCUACCUCUGGGAAACACUGGAGAUAAAAAUGGUGAAGAGUAAAACCUGAUGGACUAAAACAAGAAAAUAAUAUGAAAUGAACAGAUAAGUAAAAGCUCUUUACCAUAUAAAAAAGGGAAUAAAAGAAGUAAAAACCUGUGACAGGAAUUAAGAAAAAGACUAAGAACAGAGAUGAUUAAUAGAAUGACAUAAAAUAAACAUUAAGAACUUUGAUUAACAUGAACAUUUCCAAUAAGAGAAAUAUAAAAUAUAAAAUUAGUCAAAGGCGUGGUUAAAAAAGUGACUCUUGAGCCUCUUCUUAAAAACAUCAACAGUCUCUGCAGCCCUGAGGAUCUCCGGCAGGCUGUUCCACAACCGGGGACCAUAAAAACUGAACGCCGCCUCCCCCAUGUGUUUUUGUUUUGACAGAUAAAUAGGAGGGGCCAAGACCAUUAAUACAUCUAAAAGCUAAUAAAAGAACCCUCUUGAUAGUUUGCUGAAUGUGACCAAUGUCUAACUGUUUUUAUAACAUUCUAAUCGGCAAAGUAUGAGGUUAAUCAUACCUUUAAUAGUUUUUAAGUGCUUAUUUUGUAAUCUCUGUGUUCUUAUGUGUGUGUGUGUGUGUGCUAUCGUGUUCCCUCGGUUGUUUUCUCAUCAAUAAUAUUUGCAUGUUUCUGUUUCAGUGGAGGCAUCUGUCCAUGGCACGAGUGUCCACUGCUCUGACAAAACGUUCGAGGCUGCAGAGGCUCUGCUACGAAUGGAUUCACCUUCCAGCCACAGGGAAGACCGGAGUCCAGGUAAAAAAAAUGUAGAACAAAACAAGUCCUGAAUCAGUUUUCUUAAACUUUUACGGCUGAUCCAAAACUGUGACUAUCAAAUCAAAGUCAAUCAAGUUGAUCUUUCUGCUUACACUUAAUCUGAUAAAGGGAACAAAAGAAAUGAAACACAGUGGUGAAGUAGAGUUUUCUUAAAUUUGUUGCUUUUAACCUAAAGCACAUUAAUAUGAUUUUGAACUCUUCUUAACCACAUAGGAUGAAGGCAUCAUACCGCAGCUGGGAAGCAUAACUCUAUCGAAUUUCCCCUCAGGGAUAGAUAAAGUUCUUCUUAUCUUAUCUCUUACUCUCCCUCGAUUCCUUCACCCAGAUGCUUUCAUCCCACCACACAUAACAACACCAGAGUUUCUUCAUGCCGCCAUGCGUCCCGACAUGAUAGCAGAGACAGAGGUGGAGAUAUCCACAGAGGACUGCUGCGAUGAAGAAGAAGAUGAGGAGAUGGUCACCUUGCUUGAAGAGCCGGACCUGGAACACGAGCCUGUCAGGAAAAAAAGAGGUGACCUUUUUUCACUGUGUUUGUGCGAAUCCAGAUUUGAUCUUGAGAAUAAGGGAGCUGAACCCCUGCUAUUAAAGAGAUGUGGAAGAGAAAACAAAAAUAUGAAAUACUCGCCUCAUGCAGUUGUGGACCCGCUGCGUGGCCGGAUUGUGGAGAGUUGAAAGCUAAACUUCAAAAAUAGGAGAAAGUAUGUUUGGGUUGUCUUUUUUUCAGUCAACAUUUGAAAUGAAAAACAUCUGUCAGCUCUGUAAUUAACCAUCCUGGCAUCACUAGCAAGGCCACAAACCUCAGACCACAAACUGGUAAUUAUAGUUGUCGUGUCUGCCCACAAGCACCAUCUAGUGGUGGACUGUUGUGUACUAAAGAAACCAACUUCGACCCCUCAAGUUAGCGAUCCCUGUAAUUCACUACUCUGGAUAAAACUAAUGAUAAUGUCUGAUUUUUCACGUUAUAGCUGGACGAAAGCCAAAGACGCAUCAGUCAUCCAUUUCAAAUGGCUCCUCGGACCUCGGCAUUAAAAAGAAACCAAGAGAGGGGAAAGGUACUUCAUCCAGAUUUUUAUCCCAGCUAUGACAAACAUUGAUGCAUACUCAAGUCCAAGCAAGUCUUUAAUAAAGAGAUGAUCUUAUCAACCAGUAAACGAAUAUGCUUCAUUUCCAGCAGGGAGCACCACUUACCUAUGGGAAUUUCUGCUGGACCUCCUCCAGGACAAAAACACGUGUCCCAGGUACAUCAAAUGGACCCAGAGGGAGAAGGGCAUCUUCAAACUGGUCGAUUCAAAGGCUGUAUCGAAGCUGUGGGGAAAGCACAAGAACAAGCCAGACAUGAACUAUGAGACCAUGGGAAGGGCUCUCAGGUAGGUAGUCUGUAGUGAGCUUUAUGUAUCUACAGCAGUGGCUCUCAAGUCCAGUCCUGCAUGUUUUGGAUGUUUCCCUGCUCCAACACACCUGAUUCAAAUGAUGAGCUCGUUAUUAAGCCAUUACAGAGCUUGAUAACGAGCUGAUCAUUUGAAUCAGGUGUGUGGGCCUCGAAGACUGGACUUGAGAACCACUGAUCUACAGGAUGUUUAAGAUGAUUCUCUCAUCUGCCUGUUGAAGACGCAGGACUAUAAUUUUCCCUUUCCCCUCAGAUAUUACUACCAGCGUGGCAUCCUGGCCAAGGUGGAGGGCCAACGGCUGGUUUACCAGUUUAAAGACAUGCCCAAAAACAUUGUCAUCAUUGACGACGACAAGGUCGAUAUGCCCACCUCUGAUGAUUUGAUCAGUACAGAGACCGCUGCAUCCUACGAGCGUGUGAUGCCUUCACCAGACAUGCUGUCUCCUUCCAAGAAGCCGAACAUCCUGCGAGGAGGGAACAGGGCCAAUGUGGUCCAGGCUUCAGUUGCCACAGGCACCAAGACGGUGGCAGCAGGAGGGUUACAAAGGAUAGUGACUGUCUCAGCGGCACCUGACGGGAGUCAGCAGUCUCAAACAGCCAUCAUCUCUAACCCCCCUGGGCCCAGGUCAGAUGAUAACAGUAGCUGGUGUUGUUAGUUUUUAAAUGAAGGUUAUCCCACAUUUACAGAGCUGCUGGGAGUAUUUAGACUUUUCCAACUCUAAAUAUUUUUGUUUGACUCUGUUGAUGUUUUAACUCUCGUCUGCAGGACAGUGCGGGUCGCCAUGCAGGUGCCAGUAGUCAUGACAACAUCGCUGGGUCAAAAGAUUUCCACUGUCGCAGUCCAGCAGCCGACUGGUACAACAGGAGCAGCUGGGCACACUACCCUCCUCAAUAACACUUCAGCUAUCAGUGCUGCUGCCAAUAAUGCAAACCCCCAACAGAAGGUAUGAACAAGUGAUAACAUCACCGCUGAGAGUAUCUGCACUACUGCAAGAAACUUACAUUUCCAUCGGCAGAGACUCCAAACUAACAGUCAAAACACUCAGGUCAAACAGAGAAGCCUGAACACAACGCAAAGGUCGACCAGAAUAGAUACACAUUAAAAUGAGUACAUACAGUCACUUCAUUUACAUGAUGUCAAGUUACAUUUCCCAAAGUCAAUUGAACACAGCCUUAUCAUGAGGUCAGUUUUUGGUUAGAUCCUCUAUGUAUGCACUUGGGUCCACCCCAAACUGGCCUGAUCAUUUUGCACAUGCUCCACAGUUCAGCCCACAGGUCCCACAGCAUUACUGUGUGAGAAGGUAGUGAACAAAACCUCAGCAGAAAACGAAUAGGUAGGAAACUCAAAUGUGGAUACAGGGUUUGACAUUCACUUUUUUCACAAGAAGUACAUGUACUCCUAAGUUAAAAAAGUAAGGAACAUACAAAGAACUUUUGGGGCACAAUGAAAAUUGAUCAAAUAAUGUUUGUCUUAUUGGUCGACAUAAGUACUAUUAUUUAAAAUCAAUUUUAAGGUCUUUUGGUCUCAUGACAUGGAAGCUAUUGAAGAAAAUGUUGAAAAAUUGACUUUAAUUUUAACAGAAAUUUUUUAGAGGACAAAUUGGGGACAUGAUGAGGUGUAUCUUUUUGUCUGACCUUAGUACUUUUAUUUGAAAUCAAUUUUAGGUCAAUUGGUCACAUGACAUGGAAGCUAUUGAAGGAAAACAGCCUUUUCUGAAACACAUCAACCAGUAAUUUAUUGAUGGUCCCUUAUUCAAACUCGACAUUGACAGCGAAGGCUCAGAGUAGAUUUAACCGCGCUGCUGUUGCUAUUCCCGGUUAUGGAGAGUGAGAAGACACCAGUAGAUCCGCAGUGAAUGUCUGUCGAAAAUCCAACCUAAAACUAACUUCACCGCCAUAUUUACAUGAAAAAACAUUUGUUGCCCUGGCAGAUUUUUUUUAUAUGUGCACAUGUGCCCCUAAAUAUAUUUUACAAUUCACACACAUCUAUUUUUAACUGUAAAUGCGAGUGAAACGGUCGCACAGUUGAGUCCUGGGAUAGGUAUCUUGGUGUGUGUGUAUAAGAAAGUACAAAGCUAUAGAGUUGUCCUUUUUGUUCCGUUCAACAAACAGCCAGUUAGCCUCCUACUAACAUGCCACUUAUUUUUGGUUUGGGAUGUCAAAGGCCAAGUGGGAGAAAGUCCAACAGUAAUGAAGUAAAGGGGAUUUUUAAAAAAUGGUCAUGUUCAUUCAAGAGAAAUUUAAAAAUUUUUCACAUUUUUCUCAAACAGGAUUUGAAAAACGCUCCAGAACCUUUAUGUGGACUUAAAUCACAGUUUAGUCACUUUUCUCAAUCUUAGUUUUCAUUUCAUGUGUGAUUAUUUUGUAGGUUGUGAUUCAGACGAUCCCCACCAUGGUUCCAGCUACAGCAGAGAACGGAGACAAGAUCACCGUUCAGCUGGCGAAGAUCAUCACAAUCCCUGCGCACCAGUUAGCUCAGUGUCAGCUCCAGACCACCACAGGCUCAAACAAACCCAGCAUUGGGGGCGCCCCAGCUGGCAUCAGCCUCAUCGGGAGCCCUUUAACAGUGCGGGCCUUGGCGCCUGUCAACGUCGCUCCUGGGACACAAGUGAUGAGACUCACCGUGCCAACGCAGACUCAACCACAGACUCUGGUAGUGUCGCAGCAAGGCAGCGGGGCAGGGGUAGUGACCGUAUCAACAGCCAAUCAGACAGUGACAGCACAACCUAGGAUCUUAAGUGGCGUCCUUAACGGAUCAGAGCUGAUGAUGGGAGCAACCGCAACUGGCGGACUCGCGUUGGAGAAACUGAAGGCGGCAGGAGUCCAAGUCCAAGCUGUGCAGGUGCCGGUGAAGGUGGCGGUCCAGCAGAACCAGGCAAACCCUAAACUCGUCCAGAACAUCAAAACAGAGGCCCUGGACGCUGAGGUGGUUAUCAAACUGGAAGCACCAGAUGUGUUAAAGAGAGAAGAGCCCGAGUGUUGAACACACUCUACCUCGAAACCACUCGCCCCCCUCUCUUCCAGGGAGGGUUAGUUUGUAAAUCUUACAGGUCAUUUUUACUCUUUGAUAGCCAGCAGCAGUCAGUAAGACUUUAAAGACUCCUUAACACCUGUUUUUAGUCCUGAACUUGUCCUCAUAUCUUUCUUGAUGCUGCCUAAAACGGGACUGAACCGGUCGCCCUCCGAAACCACGCUGAAAACCUCUGUUAGUGCUCUGUUGGAAGUCCAAACUGUGCUGUGCAGAUGAAAAAGGGACUCUUUGGGUAAGGGAAAGGGACCAACCUUGAUCACUACAUGAUUAUGCCUUCUGAAAGGAUUGCUGUCACUGACCGGGGUGGAAAAAGAAAAAAAAAAAAAAAGGAAAGGACCUUGAAAACACAUUAAAGCUGAAACACUACAAAACGAGGCGAAAUACUCAGAACUAACCAAAAUGUGAACUUUGUAGAAAAAAGACAAAGUGGGGUGUGUAAUUAAGUUUUUGUAGAAACCAUUAGUUUAUUACUCUUCCUCCACUGAUAUGAAAACCAGCAACCCUUUCUUUGACUCCUAUCACUGUGUAGAUCAAACGUGGAAGGUGCUACGUAAGUCCUUAAGGAGUGAAAGACGCAAGUGAAUCUGAGCAAGGUUCUAAAUAAGGAACAAUAUCAGACAGAAAACGGUCAUGUUAUGUACAUAUAUACAUAUAUAAAUAUAUUAUCUUCUAUACAGUUUACGGAGCUAAAGUUAACAGAACAGCCUUAGAUUUUAAUUUUGUCUUCUUUUUUUCUUUGUAAUGUCUGAAGGUUUAUGAAUCUUGUUUUUUUUUUCCGUUUGAUACUUUGUACCAAGCACAGUAUUAUUAAAACUAGUGGAGCUAAUAUUUGUACUUUAAUCAGUUCCUCUGUCUGUCAGGUUGUUGAAUGUUUAUGUAGAUUCAGUCUCACUGUAGAAAUGGCCACACACACAAACAGACGCAUAGGCAGUGACAUGGGCUGCUGUGUGUCCUACAUCAUCAUGGAAAUCUCUUUUUUUUUUUUUUUUUUUUUCAAUUUUUAACUUCUUUCACAAAAGUAUGUUUUUUUUUUUACUUUUUGUCAUCUUCUUAAACUUUAGAGUAUUGCUCCUCUCACAGGCCUGCCGAGUGUGUCUGCAUGGAUCUGCAGGACUGUGUGACUGAGCUGGUGCAUGUUGUGAAAGAGAGUGUAAGCACACCAGGAGAUCAAGGUUCAAAGGAAGCAAUUAUUGUAAUUAUACGAAGCAGCAUCUGAAACCACAACUAUAUGCAAAAUGUCUGUUUAAAAAAAAAAAAAUCAUUUCAAAGCAGGUCACUUUACUGAAAGAGGGUCAAUUUGCCAGCAUUGCUUUUCUUUUUUACUCCCCCCACCCUUCCCUUAAUUCUUUUUUAAAAAAUCUGAAAUGAGGGAAGAUGGAGCUAAGGUGUUUGUGUUCAGACUGAACUGUUUGUAUAUUCAACAUUUGAAGUAUAUUCUAUUUUGCUGUACUCUUGUUUCAAAGUGUAUUAGAUUUUACUGAAAUAUAAAAAGACUUCUGAAAGCUGACACUUGUUUUGGUCGAUCGUGUUUCAUUUUGAGACGUUUAUUCUUGAAGGCGGGAAGUUACUGCAUCAACUCUUUAAAAAUAAACUUUUUUUUAGGCUGCAACUUUAAGUUUCAAGAAGCACAUUUAGUUAACAAAUGUUCUGAAAGUCGAAUUUGUGAUAAUCCGCUGUGCUCAUGAACCUACAUUAAGAAAAAUCUUAUAGCAUGAAUGCAGUCUGCUUUUAGUGCGGGGAGAGUGGCAGCUAACUGUCCCACCAGACACAGAUUGCAAACUAAUAUAAAUCAAAACAAGCUCAUCUCAGAACAUCUUAAGGACAAAGAGUCACAAAUCCCACUGAAAAUUUUUUGGUCUAAAAGAGGUCUACUAGAUGUCUAAAUGUAACCUAGACAACUGGUCUAAAAUCAGGCUACCACAGGUCUAAAAAUGAAUGUUUUUCUAGACAUCUAAGUUUAGACCAAGUCUAAAUCUGGGCUAUAUCUACAGUACAGGCCAAAAGUUUGGACACACCUUCUCAUCCAAUGUUUUUCUUUAUUUUUUUAUAUGACUAUUUACAUUGUAAGUUAUCACUGAAGGCAUCAAAACUAUGAAUGAAUACGUGGAAUUUUGUACUAAUAAAAAAAGUGUGAAAUAACUAAAAA